AAAGCCACUGUUACAGAGACUUGAAGGGACUCACAGGUGUACAGUAAUACGUGAGACAUACAGCGCAGCCGUUUGCAGAGAAGCGAUUAAAUGUUUACUAUUAAGUGAGCGUGAUAAAAGGGGGCUUUUAGAGUCACAUUGGGAGUCUUUCUUUUCUCUCAUUUUUUCUUCUUCUUCUGACUACAGCAAUGUGCUGGCAUACGAGUCGAGUGUAAUGUAAGAAUCCCCACCGACGCUUGUGCAGUGUUUGACGCUCAGUGACAUGACAUGGACGGCGGAGUGUCUCACUGAGAGCAGAUGAAUUGAAGAACGAUGUCGGACCAGGGUUAUGGCUUAACUUUAUCAGCUGCGCCCCCGCUUCGCAGGGGCAGCACCCCCCUGCCAAUCAAACAUCAGCUGAGGCGAGAGGAAGCUGUGUCUGAGGAUUACGAUUGGACGCCAGGACUCGAUGAGUCUGCUACUCCGCAAAUCAGUGUCAGCACUGUCCAAGAUUCUCCUUCACAAAAACCGCAGCAGCAAAAGUACCACGGACCCCUUCGGAUAGUACUACUGGGCCAAAACGGAGUGGGCAAAUCCUCUCUAGCACUUUGCCUUGCUGGACUGUCAGACAGAUCACUCUCUAUAGACUCUGAAACCCAAGCAGCCGAUGAGGGUUACCAGCGGCGAGUGACUGUGGAUGAUGAGGACAGCACAAUUUUAGUAUAUGACAGCUGGAAACAGGAGCUGUCCACUCUGCAGUGUGAGGUGUGCAUCCUGGUGUUUUCGUUGACGGACAGGCGUAGCUUCCACCGGAUUGCUCAGCUCCGCCUCCUGUUGAGGGAGUCGCUGCCGCACACCCCCAUCAUUCUAGUGGGCAACAAGAGUGACCUCGUGCGCUCCCGUGAGAUCAGCACAGAGGAGGCACACUCCAGUGCAAUGAUGUUUGGCUGCCUGUAUCUGGAGCUCUCCGUCUCUCUGGACCACCGCACUAAUGACCUGUUAGAAGCGGCUGUGAGAGCGGCCCGGGGCCACAACCUGGGGCCCGGCUGGACGGAGGGGUCCCCCACGGUGGACCGCCGAGAGAGCUUGACCAGCAGGGCCAAGCGCUUCCUUUCAGGGCUCGUUCCGCGCUCCCACCUCGGCCGAGACCGGGAGGGCGGCAGAGACAGAGACCUCAGCAGACACAGAGGAAGCAGGAUGCUCAGGCAGAAAUCACGUUCUUGUCAUGACUUCAGCGCUCUAAUGUAACCGAAAACAACAGAGAGGGAGAGAAGGAGAGAAGGUGUAAAAGGAGGCUAGAGCAGAAAUUGAAGAACUGCAUGUAUGAUUGACAGGUGAGGAGAUAAGACCACUUCACAGAGGAGAUAAUUCUCCGGAGAGAUUACCUAAACUAGUAUGUGUGAAAUUAGUUGUUUAUACCAGUCUCUCAGUCACUGAACGUGACAGGGGUGCAGCGAAACCAAGUAGUGUAUAAACUAUCCUGACAGAACAUGACCUUUGAGGUUGAGAGAGGCCUGUAGACGGACAGAUCCACAUAAAUAUAGCACUGGAUUUGAGUGAAAUGAGUGGAUCAUGCUGGCUGUGGCAGGCUGUUAGUGAUAGAGUAGCUCCUGUAGUAGACGCAUGCUGGCACGGCACAGAUGCAGAACUGUAGUAAAAGUCCUGUCGUAAAAAAAAUAAAUAAUAAGAUAAGAUACUUUAGUUAAUGCAUGGAUUCAGCAUUUUAGCUUUUAUCACAUAUUUUCUGGUUUAGGGGAACCAAAUAAAGUGAUUUAAACUGAAGCAGUUAUUGAAAAACUCAUAUUGGUUGAUAGGGCUGCACGAUAUUGGGAUAUUUAGUUUUUCCGCUGUUUGAAAAAAAAUUACUAUAUGACGACUAUAUUUUGUAAGAAUACUUCUAAAUCGAUUAGGCUGUUAUUGUUGACGAUUGCAUUUGCUUUAAAUAAAAAUAAAUAAAGAAAAUGAAAAUGCUGAAAAUGUAAAAUGUACACUGAAGAGUGUAAACGAUCUGAUUUGAGAUUUUUUUUUUAGAUUUGAGUGUACUCUUUAGUACUGUUGUUCACCCAUUUAAUCUGAUUAACAAUAAUAGAUUUUUAUUGUGGUUAUUAUUAAAUAAAAACUAGAAUUUAAUUAAAAAUAAUUUUAUAGUAUAACUGUAAGAUUACAAUGCUAAUAUUUAAAUAGCUUCUUCAUUUUAAACUGUAUUUAAAUAUACUUCAUAGUAUGACUGUAAAAUUACAAUACUAAUUAAAAAAAAACAUUUGAAACUUUACUGAAAUACACUAUCUUUAAUAAAUAGUUUAAAAUAUUAAGUGUAUCAAGCUUUUAUUUUGGUGGGUGACCGAAUUCAUCUUUAUGAAUGACACAGUGUUGUGCUUCACUCUGAAACAUGCAGCGCAUAUAUUUAUUGAAUUAAAAGUCCUGGCGAUUUGAUUAUACUGAUUGCAAUUAUUUCGAUAUGCCGUGCAGCCCUAGGGGUCAACUGCUAAUCUGAAUAAGGUCAAUGGUGGUUUUGGCUUUGAGAAAACACUGUGUCCUAGCCAGACUUAGUGUCAUGUAGCCUGGUAAGUCCAGAAGAAAAGAAAAUCUUACUGUCACUCAAUGUAAAAUGACCUAAUACAGUUUAUUUUAUCAGAUUAUACUGUAAUAAUAGACUGCUACGUAAAAAGUGUGAAUAACAGAAAACAUAGCAAAAGAUCUGUUUUAACUUUAUGAUCAACAUUCUUUUUUCUUUUUUUUUUUUGGAUAGCUGUGAUCAAGAACACAGCUCUUGAGGAUCUUUUGUUCAUUUGAUGCCACUAACCUUGAAAACCUUUGCAGAUCCAGUGUUCCUCCUCAAAAGCACUCAUUGGUGUUUUGUAAUUUGCUUUAAUUUUAAUCACAGUAUCAAAGUCAGUGAGAAGACAUUUGAUGUUUUAUACACAUUUUUAUGGAACCAAUGAGAUCUCAUUGGUGGCUGGGCUAUUUGGCUUUACAGCAUAGGAAUUACAACCAAGCAACUGAUAAAAUAUUGCUUUAUGCCCUCACAUCUGGCUAGGACAUGGUGCUAAUCACAAUGUGAACCAAACUUAUGACGAUUCCUCUUUUAGAUAAAAUGUUCUUGAUGUAGAAUGUUCAUUGAUACACAUCAGGUUUAUUGGCUAACCUCAUGCAAAGAAUGCAAGAAAUUCACUUUGAGACUAAUUGCAAAGCACCAAGCAUCAUAUGGUGCCAAAUCAACGCAGAACUGCAAAGGAAUUGUAAUAUCACAAUUAUUAUAAUUUUUGUAUUGUUCUAAUAUUAACAGCCGACCAGUUGCGGUAAUUGCGAAUUGUACCUUUUUUACAAGCGGAACAAGCACUUGCUAAAAUAGUUUUCAUAUGCAGUUUCUGUAGCGUGAUGAACAAUUUGAAGUGAAAAAGUGGCGUACAGCUGAUUUAACAUCCUUUAGAAAACAUACACUUCUGGUUUGUGGUUGGAAUUAAUUGGCUUGUCAUUAAUUUGGAGAACAGGAAGGAAAUACUUAAACAUAAGCAAUGUUUAUGAUUUAGGUACUGAUGAGUUUCUCCCUCAAACAAUUAUUAGUGAAAUGUAAUCUCUGACACGCUGUAAUGAUUUCAGUCAAUCAGGUCUAAAGUACAUACUCAGAUAUUCACCUAUAAUGAAGUCUUUACCAUAGGGAGGCCCGCUGAGAGCAAAAUCACAUACUAAUUGAUUGUUUAAGAUGUAAUGGGACAUUUUGAGAUAUAACAGCAAAAUGUUGUUGUUCUUCUGAUAUUAACCUAUUUUUUUUACUCAUAAUUAUGUGCACUAAUAAUUAAAUUCCACCAUUGUGGUGGGAGUAAUACACAAACCUGUUAUUUAAUGAGCAUAAAAUAAGAAAAGCAGGCAAUAUUAGGCAAUCAGUGUUGGCAGGGAAAGCAGAUUGGUCUGUAGAGAGCGCUUUGAUAAACUCCCUUAAGUCAGACAGGGCAAACUCUAGAGAAUAAGUGAAUACCGUUGAACUAAUUUGACACCUCUAUAAUGAAAGCAAGCCAUCUUUACACUCAAUUCUGUAUGAUAAGUGAAUUAACUGACUGACUCUCAUUUUUCUUUAUACGGGUCAAUUGUAAUAUAUAGUAUUUGGAAUUUAGUUGCACGCAGCUGAAUGCAAGUCUCAGUGAUUGAAGAGGCACUUUCAACCAACGCCAUAAAACCCUGGGUUCAGGUUCCUCUCAUCUCACUUUCCUAAAUGGCUUGUCACCAAAAAGGACCAGAUGUUAGGACAAGCAAUAUUGAGAAUGGCCCACUUUGUCAUUUGUGACCCUGGCUGGACCACAAAGUCGUUCGGGUAUAUUUUUAGAAAUAGCCAAAGAACAUUGUACGGGACAAAAUGAUCUAUUUUUCUUUUAUGCUAAAAAUCAUUAGGCUAUUAAGUAAAGAUCAUGUUCCAUGAAUAUAUUUAUUAAAUUUCCUCCCUAACUUAAUUUUUGAUUAGUAAUAUGCAUAGUUAAGAAUUCAUUUGGACAACUUCAGAGGUGUUUUUCUCAGUAUUUUUUUUAUUUUAGUUUUUGCACCCUCAGAUUCUCAAAUAGUUGUAUCUCGGCGAAAUAUUGUCCUGUCCUAACAACAUCAUCAACAUCAAACAUCAAUGGAAAGCUUAUUUAUUCAGCUUUCAGCUGAUGUAUAAACCACAAUUUUGAAAAAUUGACACUUAAGACUGAUUUUGUGGUCCAGGGUCAUAUGUCGUCUUUAUCAUGAGACUUACUGUGAUUUCACUAAAUAGGACGUGGAUGAUUGUUUGAUAGGAAUUUUGGAAUUUCCACCAAAAUAUUAGACUUUAGACCCUUUCAUAUGACUUGCAUCAGGGCUUCAAAGCAAGUGUUAUAAGCCACUUUGACAUAAGAAUUGUGACAGAAAGCAUCACGGACAGUGUACAGUGUUACAUGGUAGCAAGUGGAUAGAAAACAUUUGAUCUUCGAACAGAAAGUCCUGCCAAUUGCUUUGAAAACUUAUUAAAAAAAAUUGAAAAAACUAUAACCAUUUAAAUGCAUAUACUUAAAGUCUGACAUUUAAUUAACUUUGUACUUUAAAAGGCUUCUAGGGAUGCAAAAAUCACGUUUCUUGUAUCUGCAUGUCUGGUUAUCAUACUCAAAGCUUUGAAAGGUCAGCUAACAAGGUCAAAGUUGAAAUAGUGUGAACUCUGAGCACCACUGAUGCUUCACUCCAGAGUUCAGUGCAGUGAGCGACACUAAUGGAAAUUGUUUAACAGGGUUUGAAAAUCAUUCUUGUCAACCCAUAAUUUCAGAGUUAAUGGUUAGGAUUAGAACUAUGUUUGUUUGUGUGUUUGUUAAACAAUAGUGUUCUGUAAAAUCGCUGUAGCCUUAAAUUGAGGGGUACCUCAAAUUACAUCCAUUAGGUGAUAUGGCUGAAACUGUAUGAGUGUUUAAGGAUGAUACCAUGUGAGUAUAUUUAGAGCCAUAAAAGGGGACACAGUGUCCACAGAGGGUAUUUUCACCUAUUCACAUUUUAGAGCCAUCAAUACAUGAUCUCAUGAAAUCCACUGAAUAUGCCAUAGGACCAAGCAUUUCUGUGGGGGCUGGCCACACAGGCUUAUGCAACAACAACAAAAACACAACGUUCUGGAAACGUUCCGAGGUCAAACAUGGCAGCACCAUUGACUUGUAUCUCACUAUUGAUGAAUGUCAUCCACUCUGUCUUUGAAAAUGAGAGAAUAAAGACAAUUUGUUACGAUA